AAUAGGACCAAGAAAAAGAUUAGGGACAAAGACUUUGAUUUUCUUGUCACAGCUUACUCUUGGCCAGCAUUCUCAUCCCUGAAUUAUGCUUUUAACCCUAGCAACAUAAAAAAGAAACUGUUUCAUUCAGCUCUACUCAUCAAAGUAAGUUACACUAUUUUUAAUAAC